AUGGCGGCUGCCGCAGCUAGUCGGGGAAUUGGGGCAAGGCUGGGCCUGCGUGAGAUUCGCAUCCACUUAUGCCAGCGCUCACCCGGCAGCCAGGGCGUCAGGGACUUCAUAGAGAAACGCUAUGUCGAGCUGAAGAAGGCGAACCCUGACCUGCCCAUCCUAAUCCGCGAAUGCUCGGAUGUGCAGCCCAAGCUUUGGGCCCGCUACGGUGAGCGCGGGACGCCGGGGAUCUGGGACUCAGGUGGGGGAAUGAGGGUUCGCAAAGAGCAGGAACUGCCCAAAGUCGUGCAGAAACCUGUGGACAAACUAGAACUCGGACUUCAGCCUUGCUAUUGGCCUUGUUGCCAGGAAGAAACUUAG